AUGCACGUUGCUCUGCAUAUAUCAUGCGGCCCUUUGCGUCUAGUGAUUGGGUUCAUCAUGGGAAGAUACUUGUAUCCGUACCAACAGUACAACAUGUUCAGAACAGCGCGAAAACUGAAGCCGCUGGGAUAUCAGACUCGAUCAUUCAUUGACGUCCGAGUGGCUCAAUUCACCAAGAUCAAACAGCACCCCAAUGCCGACUCUCUGUACCUUGGAACCGUUCAGGUAGGCGCUGAUCCGGCAGACACAAAGCAAAUCUGCUCGGGACUGGUACGAUUCUACAAGCCGGAAGAUCUCGAGGGCCGAAAAAUCGUCAUUGUCAACAACCUCAAGCCUGCCAAGCUGAGAGGAGAACCCUCUGAGGUGAUGACUUUAUGUUCUGAGAUUGUGGACGGAGAUAAUGUCGAGAUUGAUCUGCUAACUCCUCCGGAGGGCUCUAACCCAGGUGACCAUCUUGUGUUUGAAGGUCACGAAGAAGAGAUUGCCAAGUCUGUCAACCCCAAAAAGUUUGCGAAACUUGCCGGACGACUCAAGACGAACCAAGACGGCUUUGUGACCCUGGAUGGAAAGUUGCUCAAGGAUAAGCAUGGAAAUGGCGUCAAGAGUAAGCUGCUGGAUGCCCUUGUGAGAUAG